CGCUUAGGCUUCAGAACUCAGAUUUUCUCAAAGUUCAUUACAGAUCUUUUCUGACAUGGUGCCUUAGUGACACCCUUUCGUAUAAAAGCAUGCUCAACGUGCCUUGGUUCCGAUGUCAUCAGACGCUCCCCAGCUUUUUGCAGGACUAACUCCUCUACGACCUGAGCGUCCCUGGCCGCUUCCUGAACCGAUCCCGCCAUGAGCUCCAUUGUCAACCCGAAUGGUACCUAUUAUGGACCAACAGAUGAGACCCCAGACGAGAUCUUCCUCGAGAAGACGUUCAUGGCUAGUGGCUAUCUAACCGGUGUCGGCUAUGGUAUUCAACUCGUUCUUUACCUGGCGUGCCUCAAGGCAUUGUGGGACCGUAAACCACGCAACCGCUUCACUUAUGUCUUGCUUGUGUACAUUUCCAUCCUGAACGCAAUGAACACCAUUUGGACGGGCACUUCGGCUUACGGUCUGCAAUUGACCUAUAUCGAUAAUCGGAAUUAUCCUGGUGGCAUUUUGGGAUUCUUAACCGUAGAAUUCGCCCUGCCUGUCAAUGUCCUAUCUUUGGCUGCAUACAUUAUCGGUAAUGUGUUAGCUGAUGCAUUGCUACUUUGGCGUUGUCAAGUCAUUUGGGCAGCUUCGAUGGGGCGUAGAGCUAAUUACUUCAUGAUCUUCCCCGGCAUCAUGCUUCUUGGCUCAAUAGCGAUGGCAAUAAUGUACGCUUUCGAGACCGCUUCCCCGACUGCUGGUUUCUUCAGCAAGAGGUCUAUCAAUUUCGCGCUACCUUACUUCGCCAUCUCCCUCUCGCUCAACAUAAUUCUCACACUCAUGAUCGUGGCGGUCAUGCUCGGUCGUAAACGUCGGGGACGUGAGAUCUUUGGUGAUACUUACGGCAGACACUACACCUCGGUCUCCACCAUGUUCAUCGAAUCCGCUGCCAUCUACUCCAUCAUCUCCAUUUUGCUUCUGCCAACCUACGCAGUCCAGCACCCUAUUAACCAAAUCUGGCUUGGGCUCAGUCCAUCCGUACAAAUGAUUGCCAGUUACCUCAUCAUUUAUCGUGUCAUCCAGGGUCGUGCCUGGUCAACGGACACCUUUGCAAAGACCAAUAACCCAGCGUCUUCCAUUGCCUUUUCCUCAAGUUAUGGACACUCUGCCACUCGUGUUGCUGGAGGUGCCGGCUCGACGAACACGAUUCCUCUGCACUCAUUGCCCGAUGAUUCUAAGUCGGGAAGGGUGCAGGUGGUUACGACCAUCCAGACCCAGACUGACGGCGAGGCGGACAAGGAUAGUAUGGAAUUCAAGAAGGAGACCGUCUAACUGUUUAGUGAUACGGUUUGUGUGUUCUCUGGGUUUAGCGGUUGUUGUAAUGCAGAUUCGCUGUAGUUCGCAUUGUGUUGUACGAUGUCCCUUCAUAGAGGCCAUAUCCCUUGUAACCUUACGCGUCGUGUAUGUCACACUAAUGUACGAUUAUUACCCUUCUGCUACCAAUGCACAUCCUUUCACGAG